CCUUUACAAUCUUGGCACCUUUGUAUAUUAUCAUGCAAACAGCAGUGACCCGUGGUUGCCAGGGGCUGAAGCCCCUGAGCGCUAGGCGCUCUGCUGCCCGCAUGCCAGCUUUUGGCUCGGCCACUUCCAGGCGUUCUAGCGUCCAGGUGUUCGCCAAAAAGGGCAAGGGCAAGACUGCGUUUCGCCAAGGUUCCAUGCCUGGUCAAAUGGAGAUGAUUAAGCGGGAGCCUCCAGUUCCUGAGGUGGAUCCUGAGAACGCUGAAAUUGUCCUCUUCGUCCGCGUCCUUAAGUACAAGGACCCUACCCUGAACAUGGACGUCGGCCCCUCGCUGUGGAUGCCGGUCAACCUCAUUAAAGGCAACCAGGUCCUAAACUUUCUGGUAGAGGCACUCAAGACGGACUGGGGCAUGCGGCUGUACGGCCGUACGCUCAUCUGGCAGAUCGCGUCCGGUAUCUACCAGGACAAGGCCAAGGUGGAGAAAGAUCUGAAGAAGAACGUUCCGCAGUUUGCCAACGCUGCUUCCAAAGACUUUGAAUACGCGUUCAAGAUUCGGGACAAGUCGGUUCCCAAGGACUGGCUCAAGCCUGAGAACCUGACCAUCUGCCCGCCACCGGAGGAUCUGGCGGGGACGGGGGUGGCUCAGCUCAAGGCCUUUUUCUCCAUGGACAACCUCAUGAGCAUGUUCAAGGCGCCUGAGGCACCGUCCUCGUCCGCUCCUGCCCAGCAGCAGUAAUUCGACUCGUCAAUAGCGCACAGGCUCGGGCAGCGUUGAGGCCGUCGCUUGCAUUUUCCGUCCACAGCAGGCUCUGAAAGAUCGUGGCGGCGGUUCUGCAGCAUACAGAGCAGGACAGGCGGCAGCAACGUCCGCGCGCAGCUGCUGAGAGAUGAGAAGCAUCGAUGUACAACUCUGGGCGGAGGGAAAAGAGAGUAGGGUUGUGUGUGUAUGUGUAGCUGCUGGCUGGUGUGUGCGCUUUCAGAAACACCAAUCAGCAGCAGCAGGUCAGAGCUAGCUGCCGGGGUGUAGGGCCUCAAAACGGCGUCGUUAGGCGUGCGUGCUAUUGCGUCUUUGGCACGAGCUGCUGCCCGCCACUGGCCAUCACUGUGCGUUCAUUUGGGUGUGCAGCAGCAGUUGGGCGAAGCCGUUGCGUGGCACGCAUUCCCCGGACGGACGCGAAGGCUUACUCGGGCGGCAUGUGCUGUCCAUUCCUGUUGAGCAUUACAUGACAGCGCUAUUAGAUGACAGGUCAUCCUUAGGUUGUGGUGGCUUGUCUUCCAGGGCUAUCUCCCAGGGGUGUUCUCCCUGGAUAUGUAGUCGCUGCGAUUGGUCAUUACCCUCUGGAUGGACCAAGACUACAUCGGAAGAAAACGUUUCUACGCCCUCUAGUCCAUCUUGCACUCCUCGGCUCUUUGCGUGCUCAGUAUCAUACAAUAGCAGGUUCUCCAUCAAGCGCGUCGCUGCGGCAUGGCACAGCCGGAAUCGACUAGAACAAUCGGUCGCUUCCGUAACGGCACUGGAGGGUGUCUUCGCGGCUCUGUUUGCUGUCUAUCCCUUGUGUUUGCUUGCGGGACUAUGCUUCCUUUGAACACCGUCCUCUCUUUGGAGCGCAUAGAGGUUUUUUUCUAAUGAAAAACCUCCGCAUUCAUCCUUCGAGCUGUGUUCGGGCAUUUUGUGUUGCUGCUCGGCUGCUCGGACGAGGCUUGCGGCGGCGUUGCGCCGUCUGCGCACACAGACAUGGUACAGGAGGGCAAGAGUGGCGUCGCGAGUUUGUCUGCUGCGCUUUGUUUGCGUGAGCUGUGUUGUUGGAGGAUCAAGGAUUUUGUUGUCUCCAGGUGAGAGAUUUUUGUCGUGCGGAGAGGUUAGAGGUGGUAGAUAGGCAGAGGCGUUGGCGGCGUUUGCUGCUGGAGUUACGAGAGGGAAUGACUGGGAGCGUUGCAAUAUGUUCGGCACAACUGUUGGUAUGAAUGUGCAAAGGCGUUGUGUGCGAAGUAUUGGAGAAGAGCAGUACGCUAUGCACGCGGUGGAAGGCGUAUUGCUGAGGACGUUUUGUUGUUGAUUUGGCGAGAAGUGUGUAAAAAAUGUGUAUUGAGU